AUGCUCUCAAGUGAUAUCUACUUGCUGGUGAUUCUAGUGGUAUCUUUUGUGUUUUCUUUCCACGUCAGUCGCGAGAUAUUUUGGUUCAAAGCACAGCUUCUAUUCGAGCUUGGAGAUGGUGUAAUGAGUGACCAAAUUGUGGGGCUAGAUGUGCUGAAAGAGCACGAAAAGACGUUCUUGCACAAGUUUUCUAAUCCUUUUUCAUUGUCAUCAAAACGUAUCACGCAAUAUAUUCGUGUGCUGUUUGCAACGACCUGUGCAUUAUGCGUUGUUUCUGUUGAACUUACGCUGUGGGAGAUAGUGAAAGCUGAAAACGAGGGUAAUGUGGAACCAAGUGAUCUCGUUUCAGCUGUGUGGCUAUUUGCCUCCACGGUGUUGGCCUUUAUCCUUAUCUUGAUACAGCCUUAUUUGAUUCUGUCGUCAAUACUUAAUAAGUUUUAUGGCGACAGAUUGAAUCAUAGCUCUCUGACGCUUGUGUGUUGUGGGGUCAUUUUAACAUGGGUUCUCACACUAAAUGGACUGAAUGCCGGCCCAUUUCGUUCCUCGAUCAGUCUUCUCACUAAAAUCUCCAUCAUGGGCGUUAGUGUCAUGGCAUUGUUGUCUGGAAUUGCAUGCCUUUCCACACUGUAUUACAGUGUUGUGUUUUUUUGGCGCAGACGCAAUGGCAGUGGUGACACUGCUGCCGGUAGUGCUCCCCUUCAAUUCUCACGCAAUACACCUGUUCUCUUUUUGGAUGAAGCGUCAUUAGACGCAAAAAAGCAUGAAUGUGAAAUUCAGAUUCAAGAUAGCUUGGCUGUACUACACAAACUCGAAAAAGAACCUGUUCCACCCCCUUUUGCGUUACGACAACAGCUUUUUGAUAGAAUCAGUCAUUACCAAUUAGAGCUAUCAAGAUUGCAAAAAUUGGCUAGCUAUUCAAAGACCAGACAUCUAAUGAAACGAUUGUUUCAUCUUGGCUUUCUGGCUUACUGCAUUUACAGAUUGUCCUCCAUUUUCUUGCGCAGAAUUCCUGCUUUAUGCAUCCAUGGUAUAAGGCAUCCUAAUGACUUUGAGUAUGAAAAAUUGAUGAAACAUUCUAGCGGAGAGACCAUUGCUGGGGAUCCCCUUGCUGUCUCUUUGGCCAAGAUAUGUGACUUCUUUGUCUUCCGAUUGAAAGAGAAAUCUCAGCAAGAUUCUCUCGUGAAACAGAUCUCUCUGAUUUUGUCAUUAUCUUUGUUCGGCUGCUCACUUACAACAGUAAUAGCGACAAUAUCUUAUUUGGCAACGCUUCUACCUCUUCGAGUACGAAUCCUGGCACUGAAAACCAUGAGGCAAAGUCAAAGUAAUGAGCUUCUUCCGACGACCAACGCAAAAAGCUCCCAGAGGAAAAAAUCGGAGCCAUCGAUCAUAAAAAAUCUACUCAUUUCCGAACUCACCGGAAUCUAUGUUCUCGCUACGAUACUCAUGGUGCGCUCGAACUUAUCCAAAGGAGCAGCUCAGCGCUUAAAUCGAAUGUUGGGAGAGAAAAGCGUCGUUCCUUAUAUCGUUCUUGAUGUGUGGUUUGACAAAAUAUUCGCACUGGGCGCUAUGAUAUCGCUGGUAGGCAUCAAAUUGGCAGAAAGGACAACAGUGUAUCCAAAAACUAAUACUGUAUAA